GUGCUUUUUUUUAGAAAAAAUCAAGUUAAUUAAAUAGUUUAACUAGUGGGUGGCAAAUUCAAUCAGAUUAUUUUGACGUUGUUUUACAGUAAGAAAAGUGAACUGAAAACUGUCAGCUACAUAACCUGACAUGUUUCCAACUAUUCUCCAGAGAGGGAGCUGAAUUUUAUGGUUUUAACGCAGUUUAAUGGCAUAUUGAUGGAAGCUCGCUGUUCGGUUUAUCGCUACUGGUGUCACGUUGCAUCUGAAAUAAUCCGUGGGCUGACUUUUUUUUAUCUCAGUGUGUGAGAUAAUGAGAAUCCGUCUUCUGCCGCCGUCACAUUCACGUAACCUAGGUUAAAGCGAUAGGGUAGCCUAGUAACUCGGUUGUUAUCAACGGCUUCUACCCACAGCAUAAAUUACAGGCAGCUUUCAGCCAAGUAUAAAAGGCCGAAUUUCAAUCAUGUUCCCCAAUACUCGUCAGUGACUGCAAGUUGCUAACACGCCGAGACAGAGAGAAAGAUGUCUCCUGGCUCCAAGGUUCCGCUACACGUCGUGCUGCUGUGGAUGGUGAUUCUCCAGGGACACGGCAGAUACAUUCAGAAAAAUGAAAUAAUCGAGGACGCUCUAGGGCUCCUCAACUCAGAGCUGAAGCGAGAACUUUCUCAAGGGUACGUCUACAGCCGAAGUCUGAAAUGCAUUGACAUGUUGAGUGUUGAUGGCCGGUUCACAUUCAGUGCAGAUCGACCACACCUCCAUUGUGCUACCUUCUUCAUUGGCAGCCCGGACGAGAUUAUCUCCCUUGAAUAUAAUUAUGUCAAUAUAGACUGUCAAGGUGGAGAUUUCCUCAAGGUCUUUGAUGGCUGGAUAUUGAAGGGGGAAAAGUUUCCAAGUGCCGUAGAUCACCCUCUCCCCACCUCAGAGCGUUACUUUGAUUUCUGUGACAGUAACAACAUCAAGACAAUAAUCAGAUCCUCUCAAAAUGUGGCAAUGCUGUUCUUCAGAAUUCACAUGCCUGGAAAUGGAUUUUCCUUAACAAUAAAGAAAUUAAGCAAUCCUUUCCCUUGCAAUGUGAUAUCUCAGACUCCUGAUGGAAGGUUCACAAUGGUCAUUCCUCACCAGAAGAGAAACUGCAGCUUUUCCAUCAUUUACCCAACAGAAAUCAUGAUCUCUGAGCUGACCCUGGGACACUUCAAUGACCUGCAGAUACCUGUUAAAAGCUGUGGUGGAGCAACUGAUUUUGUGCAACUUUUGGGAGGGAACAGACUGGACCCGAGCCGGAUGUACCCAGUGGCUGACAUUUGCUACUCUUUCAGUGGACCAGCACAAAUUAAGAUUGGGUGUGACAACACCGUAGUGCGCAUUGUGUCCAGCGGCAAGUAUAUAAAUCGCCUUACAUUUGAGUACCGCCAGCUGAGGCAGCAUGAGAUGGACAAACAAAAUGAAAACGGGGUCGAGGAUUUCUGCUACGCCGCGGAUUGAGUGGGUUUCUCUGUGCAGACUCCAUCCGCUCUUUGAUUAAAGGAGUAAAGCUGUGGCAUUGUUGUAAUUCUAUCAAAAGUGUGAGAUCUGUAGUGGUCAUCUGUUACUACCUUGUUAAUUCAUUUAUUAGAACUUUGCCGGGUAGCUACUGCUUUAUCUUCCCCAUUAGUGAACGAACUCUGUGGUGAGUUCUUGCUGCUUCGCCAGUGAGUUAGUCGGCAAAAUGUUAUGUUUAAGGCAGAACAGCAGCCGGAGUGGUUUUUAGCCUGACAGGGAAAGAAAAUGAAAUCAUUGCUUGCUGAGACUUUAUUUGAUUCGAUUGUGAUAGCAAAGUAUAUUUACUUCAUAUUUAUUGCUUAGAAAUGAUGCUGUCACACUGGACCACCAGCACUGUAUAAAACACUUUGUGAGGCAAUCAAGUAUUAUGUAAAUAAAGAUAAUUAACAGCAGUAUUGCCAUGUUCUGGGGAAGAGCCUUAUUUUGUUCUGACAGAAGUGGUAAGCUGAGUGUGAAUGACACAUCCUGGUCCGACUCAUCUUGCGUACUUCAAAAUGUGCUCCAUUACAAUCAGUCCACUCAGGUCCAAAUAUAGUUGGGUUUUUAACUGUAUUUUUCUUUUGUGUGGACAGCGUUAAAAUCCCUCUUGAGGAAUGUUCACCAGCCCCUCUUCAGUUGUGGCAAUCACUGUACUAGUUAAUAAUAUGGUACCAAACUAAAUAUUUUUCAGGAUUCCAAAUUACUUCUUAAAAUUGCAAGUAUAUUCACAAUUGAACUCUUGACUUCAAAGGCUAAAAGUGGCAUUUUAACCUCCGGGGAAGGGUGGGAUUGGGUGGUGAUAGAGGGUUCAGGAGGCAGCAACAAAUCUGACCACACUGGGGACACAGUUCCACCCUCCUGACUUCUGGAUUUCUUUUACUGAGGCUGGGAAGAGAUCAGCGGCCAAUCCACUCACCGCAGUGAGGCUGACAUUUUAAAUAUGGAGGGUUUCCAAUUUUGCCACCCUUCUCCCCACCAUCACACCCCCACCCUCCCCAAACAGACACCCAUGAUUCAAACCCCUCCGUGACUGAGGAUCAGCCCCAGCCCCCACUCCCCGUUGCACUGAGUUUAAUCAGGGACCAAAUUUCUCCCAGGUUGGGGAUUGCAGUCCAACUUAGAUUAGAGAUCAGAAUCAGUGAUUGAACCCACUCUCAGAUCAGCCACCUACAAGGUUCAGGAUCAGACCCAAUCCAGUAUUAGAGCUUUGGUACCCUGAGCUCAGGCUGAUCAGGCGGUUUGUAAGAUGAGUAAACUAAUACUCCCAAGGAUCUGAUGCCGUAGGAUCAGGCACUUAGUCCUGUAGCCUCCACCCUUGGGCUCCCUGCAUGAUUGGAACCCAGACAUGUCAAUAAAGCUUAUCUCUGGGCAAGAAAUCUAUCAGUGAAUGAAGAAAAUGUAUCCUUCCAGACUUAAUGGACCUGUUCUUCUUUUAUUCCCACCAUACCAGCAAAUCAAAACUAUCCAGAUUCACUGAAUCAUUAUAAAACAGAAGGAAGUGUGUUUGCACCAGUUCUCCGAGUAUUCUAACCUCGCGCCAAUUCUCCUGAAACAGAAAGAAAGAACGAGUUAGCUGAUACAGCAUUUCCAAAAAGAGAUUUUAACAUUAUGUAAAGACAUAUCAUUAUUUAGUCAUAAUUAAAUCCUCUUUAAAAACAUAAAACUGCAUGAGAAUCUGUACAUUGAAAUUUAAUCAUCUAUAUUUAACUCAAAGACAAAAUAAAAUAUUGUGGACAA